UAUUGAUUUACUAAAGUAAAGAAUGUAUGUUGUUAAAUUGUUCUAUUUUCUUUUUGAGUACGUCAACUAGAUUCAUUGCAGAUUUUCAUAUAUGGAAAGAUAACUACAAAUGGUUAGCUUAUUGGUGUAUCUGGUGUACAGACUAUAAGCAGUGUUGCACACAGCCAUGAUUUUAAAGGUGGUAUUUUUAGCCAUACUUCUGUGUGGCAUGGAGUCUGAAGUAGAGUCAGCAUGCAGUGCUGGAAGGACCAAACGUGAGUUGAGAGGCGCCUGGAUAGCCACGGUCAGCAACAUCGACUGGCCAAAGUCCAACACCAGAACAACCAGCCAGAAUCAGGCAGACUUGAGACAUCUCUUGGACAUUCUACAUGAUGCCACCAUCAACGCCGUGUUCUUCCAGGUCAGAUCAGCCGGAGAAGCUAUGUACGCGUCCACCAUCGAACCAUGGAGCCAAUACUUGACCGGCACUCAGGGAACGGCCCCGAGCCCAGCUUGGGACCCUUUACAGUUUUUAAUUGACGAAGCCCACGCCAGAAACAUGGAGGUCCAUGCCUGGUUUAACCCAUACAGGGCCAAGUCUGGUUCCACAUCUACAGCUGGGUUGGCAGCCAACCACAUGGCCAAGGCCAUACCAGCUCACGCUCAUGCGUACGGCAACAACCUGUGGAUGGACCCAGGAAGCACUCAAGUCCAGGAUAGAGUGAACAACGUCAUCCUCGAUGUGGUCAGACGUUACGACGUGGACGGUGUCCACUUGGACGACUAUUUCUACCCGUACCCCACCAGCACAGCCUUCCCCGACUCAGCGACGUACAACGCUUAUAAGAGUGGUGGUGGAACUUUGGGCCUCGCUGACUGGCGACGUGACAAUGUCAACAAACUUAUUGAGAGAUUAUCUACCAAUAUUCAUCAGACUAAAGCAUGGGUCAAGUUUGGUGUUAGUCCAUUCGGUAUUUGGCGCUCAGGCAACCCAAGUGGAGUGACAGGCAUGUCCAGUGUAGACGAAAUCUACGCAGACUCGAAACUUUGGCUGCAGAAAGGUUGGCUGGACUACGUGGCUCCACAACUCUACUGGACCAUCGAUGGGCCGCAGAGUUUCACCAAGCUCAUUGACUGGUGGUCCGACCCUGCACAGAACCCCACACACAAGCACAUUUACGCAGGUCUGGCUGAUUACAGGAUAGUGGAUAACAACUGGAGUCCCAACGAGAUCGUUCACCAGAUCCAACUAGUGGAGAUACGAACUAGCAGGCAGGUUUGGGGCGAGAUUCAUUUCAGCGCCCACCAGCUGGAAACCAAUGCCCACAAUCUCUUGACAACACUGAAGUCCACCGUCUACACAUCACCCACUUUGACCGACGUCUACAGCUACAGGGGCGGCGUCCCUGCUCCAGCAUCGCCCAACGUUGCGGCCAACGGAGCCGUCCUGGACUGGUCCGGUAGUCCCAAGGCCAACGUUCGCUCCUGGGCAGUGUACAAGAGCACAUCCAACACCUGUACCCUGGUCAAGGUCCUACCUCCAUCCACGACGUCUUACACGGCCAGCAGUAACGGUGACUAUGUGGUCACUGCUGUCAACAGGCUCGGGGUUGAAACGGACAGCAAUCCUGUCACAGUGGUGACCGCUGUAGUGGGAUAAGGUCACUGCUAAUAAUUGAAAUAAAGUUUUGCUUAACAUUUCAAGAAA